AAUUGUUUACUGUUGUUUGUUUAAUUAAAACACAGCAAGAAAAAGUGGAUGACUUUAGCACUGAUUCUUCUUCGCUCAAUAUUGAAGACGAUGCAGUCAAUGUUGUUGAUAUACUUACAACAACAAUAACAACACCAUCAACAGAAAGUACUACAAAAACAAUAACAACUGAAAAAGCACCGACAAUAAUAGAUGAAUUGGGAAUACUUUCGCCAUCCAUCCAUCCACCCCAUAAUACUGCUGAUGUUCUAGAAUUUGAAGGCAAUAAGAAUGAAUUAGAAGCUACUUCCUUGUCACCCAAUCCGGAAGAAGUGAACGCCAGCCAUGCAGUGAGUUCAUCUACACCCAAAACAGUUGAUAUUAAUGAAUCUGGCACAUCAUCUUCAUCACCGUCGUCGUCGUCGUCUAGUACACAAUUGGGCACCACUCCUACAUCUGCAAUGACUGACACAACAUCUCCUGCAACAUCAUCCACAGAAUAUAUCGAACCUAAAGUGGAAAAUUCACCACCUAUGAUUAGAACACGUUUGCCGAAGUAUGCUGUGACUUCAGGAAAAUCUUUCGUUUUUACAAUUUCUGACGAUACAUUCUACGAUAGUGAAGAUUUUACCAAUUUACGUUUAGAACUUACAGACAAAGAUGGUCAUGAGUUGAGACCUUCAUCUUGGCUACAAUUCAAUGCUGAAACGCGAGAACUUUAUGGAUUACCUCUCGAAGACGCAGUAUCUAAAUAUCAAUAUCGUUUAUCUGCAACAGAUUCGGGCAAUGAAUCAGUUACUGAAAUGGUUGAAAUGUCCGUGCAACAACAUCGUGGAGUACGCAGCGUAAAUCACGAAAUUAAUAUUGCUCUUAAUAUUAAUGUAGAAAAUGCAAACAGUGUGGAUUGGAAAAUAAAGUUAAUUAAAUCUAUUGCUACUACACUGGAUGAUAGCUCAACAAAUUCCAUUGUAGUGCGAGAAAUACGUCAAACACCUACGGAUCCUCAUACUGCAACAUUUGUCUAUUUUAAUGAAACUUUACCAACAAAUGAAUGUCCUGAGACUGAGUUUAACAAUUUGAUAAAACGUUUGGAUGCUACUCGAUUAAACGAUUUAGUUUAUCCUAAACUAAGUGUAAAAUCUAUAACUGGACAAUUAAUUGGAGCUUGUGAAAAGCAACAAAUUUCGAAAAAUAAAUCAGUAACACAUAUAACUAAAAACUCACCACCUAUGCCACGUAACCAAGUAGAUCGUGUAAAUGCUACAGUUGGACAUUUACUUGUAUAUAAAGUUCCAAGUGAUACCUUCUACGAUCCAAAUGAUAAUGAGCUAACACUUACGUUAAGAACAAAAGAUAAUAAAGAGUUAGGUGCAAGACAUUGGUUGCAGUUUGAUUCAAAAAAUCAAGAAUUUUAUGGUAUUCCUAAAAGUGGCGACAUUGGUUCUGAAGAGUAUUUAUUAGUAGCUGAAGAUAGUGGUGGUUUGAGUGCUACAGACGCGCUAGUUGUAGUUGUUAGCCAUGCAAUAAAAAAAGAAUUUACUGUGUAUUUUAAAGCACAUUUAGCUAUACGCCAUGAACAGUUUAAUGCUGAUUUACAGCGCAAAUUUGUUGAACGAAUUUCGCAGUUAUUCGGUGACCAUACUACACAGAAUAUACAAAUUCGAUCUGUAACAACUCAACAUGUUUCUGACAGUACAAUUGUAAACUUUUAUAAUACAAGUUUAUAUAAAUCGCAUAAUCGCUGCUCAGAAGAAGAUAUCGAAGCAGCACGUAAUGUCUACUUAGUGCAAGAACAUGUAGUUCACAAUCGUGUAAAGAAGGUGUUUGGUCCAGAAUUGAAUUUAACAGAUAUGCAAGUUAAUAACAUGGUUUCAUGUCAUCCAGACCUUGAAAUACCACAUCGUGAAUUCAUACCUACAAAGACUGAGGAACCAAGUCUUAAAUCAUCAUUUGCUGACCAUUACAUGUACUCAGUCAUUCUACCAGCUGUUAUAAUCAUUUCCAUGAUUUUGAUUGCUGCACUUGUAGCGUUGUGUCUGCACCGACGACGUCACAAAAGUGGUAAAAUGGAACUAGGUGAUGAAGAAGAACGAAAAUCGUUUAAAACUAGGGGCAUACCAGUUAUAUUUCAAGAUGAAUUAGAUGAAAAACCAGAAAUCGGCAACAAAAGUCCUAUUAUUUUAAAAGAUGAAAAGCCACCAUUGUUACCGCCAUCUUAUAAUACAUCAAACAUGAAUGGAGAUAAUGAUGUUGACGAAUACGUACCACCGCCAGCUGUUGUUGUAGGUGGCCGGGAGGCCCGAGGGAAAUCACCAGCCACACCAUCAUACAGAAAACCCCCACCAUAUGUUUCGCCAUAA